AUGGCGAUGAUGCCUGGAAGGUUGCUCCUUCACAGUCUGGUAUGUUGUUUGUUCCUGGCAAAUCUUGGCACUACGUUGGGUUUUACUCCGAUGGCAAGACUGCCAAACUUGAUUUGUAGUGAGGCUAACAAUAAGAUAAGAAACAUCCAAAUUCCUGCAUUUUUCUUUCCAAAGCACAAAAAAAAUUCAAUCGUGGCGUCGGACAUUGAUGAGGUAAAGCCUGUGGUCGAAAAACUGCAGCAGGUCAUCAAAGUGGAUGUCAAACCGUACCAGGAAGAUAAAAGCUCGAAUCAGAAAACAGAGUCGACAGUUGACCGAGCCAAGCGGAAGCCUCUUAUGGACAAAAUCCAAUCGCCACUUGUUCCUGACCCCAAUGGUCAGUGCAUGCCGGGAUUUCACAGCAAAGUGACUGAGGGCUCUGCCGCCGAACCAGCGAGGAAGGAGGACGCGGAGGAAAGGCGAGCUGCUUCUGCUGCUGUGAUGAAGGCCGACAAAGGUUCUGGAGUGACGGAGCAGUCCAAGAGCAAGGCCUUGAUGGAGAGGGACCGAAUCCUGAAGGCAUCAAGGGCGGCGGAGGAGCAGGCGCGGAGGAAGUACGAGGAGGUACAAAGGAAGGCUGCUCAGAAGAAGAUUGAGAAAGAGAGAGAGUUCCAACAAAUGGAGGAUGCAGAGUUGAGGCAAAGGAUGAAGGCCGAGCAAGUCAAGGAAGCAGAGGAGCGAGAAAGGGCGCUGCAGAAGGCACAGGAAGAGGAGAUCAAGAGAGCAAUCGAAGUUGGCAUUGAUCCAACCACUGAUACCAUGCCCCUCAAACCGAAGAAGAAAGAUUGA